AUGAACAAACCCACCGUGGUUUCUGACCAAGACCAUCAAGAUUUCUUCUACGAAUCGCACGACCGUUUACUCUCUCUUUCAUCUUCAUGCUCUUGUUCUAACUCCAACUCUGACCAAGAACAAGAAGAAGACGAAGAUAACAAUAACAAUAACCACCACGACCACCACAACAACCACCACAACACCAAUAACAAUAAUAUUUGCAAUUACAAUUUUGCCCUUAACAGUUACGACAUAUGGAUCUCCCAACCUUCCUCCGUCUCCGAACGCCGAACCCGUCUUCUCCAAACCAUAGGUCUCUCUUCCGACCCUACGCUCUCACGCGGAAACCCUAUCCCACCUUACAAUGCCAUGUUCCGAUCCAAAUCUGACGGUUACAAUAAUUCCAACGCAAACGAAAGUUCUUAUCCCUCUCUUAAUUCUUCUUCUUCUUCUGUAAAUUGCUCUCUUCCCGGUAAUUGCGGCGGAUCCCCCGGUAAACCUCCAUCUGGAAAGAAUAAUUCUAGAAGAAGUAAUUCCGGCGCUGAUUUUUUGCCGGGAAGUUUGGGUUCUGCGGCGGAGGUGGUUGAGACGACGGUGGAGGUUUCUGUUUCCGGCGAGGCGGAAUGUGGUGAGAUUGAGAGAAUUGAAAGAGGAGAUGAAGAACAAGCUUGUACUAUUAGAGAUCUUGACAAUGGGAAGGAGUUUGUUGUGAAGGAGGUUAGAGAGGAUGGAAUGUGGAAUAAAGUGAAGGAGGUUGGGACUGGGAGACAGUUGACUAUGGAGGAAUUUGAGAUGACCGUAGGUCAUUCUCCGAUUGUGCAGGAGCUUAUGCGGAGGCAGAAUAACGAGGAGACUGGUGAUGGAAUUGGGGGAAGUGGUGGUGGUGGCGGUAGUGGUGGUGGUGGAAGUGGGAAUGGGAGUGGGAAUGGAGGUUCUUCUAAGGGGAAGAAGAAAGGGGCGAGUUGGUUGAAGAGUAUUAAGAGUGUUGCUAGUUCGAUGGCUGGACAUAAGGAGAGGCGGAGCAGUGAUGAGAGGGAUACUUCGUCGGAGAAAGGCGGUAGGAGGUCGAGUUCGGCUACGGAUGAUAGUCAGGAUGGUUCGUUUCAUGGACCGGAGAGGGUGAGAGUGAGACAAUAUGGGAAAUCGUGUAAAGAGUUAACUGCAUUGUAUAAGAGUCAAGAGAUUCAGGCUCAUAAUGGUUCAAUUUGGAGUAUCAAGUUUAGUUUAGAUGGCAAAUAUCUUGCUAGUGCUGGUGAGGAUUGUGUGAUUCAUGUUUGGCGGGUUGUGGAGUCUGAGAGGAAAGGUGAGUUGUUGCUUAUGGAGAAACAGGAAGAUGUUAAUGUUAAUAUGUUGUUUCUUGUGAAUGGGUCGCCGGAACCCACUUUGUUGUCUCCUUUGGCGGAUAAUCUUCCAGAGAGGAAGAGAAAGGGGCGAUCGUCUGUUAGUAGAAAGUCCUUGAGCUUGGACCAGUUUGUGGUCCCUGAAAAUGUGUUUGCACUCACUGAAAAACCCAUUUGCUCCUUUCAGGGACAUUUGCAUGAUGUGCUUGACCUCUCCUGGUCUAAGUCUCAGCACUUGCUCUCAUCUUCAAUGGACAAAACAGUGCGGCUGUGGCAUUUGUCUAGCAAGUCUUGUUUGAAGAUUUUUUCACACAGUGACUAUGUAACUUGCAUUCAGUUUAAUCCUGUUGAUGAUCGAUACUUCAUUAGCGGAUCUUUGGAUGCUAAGGUUCGCAUAUGGAGUAUUCCUGAUCGACAAGUUGUUGAUUGGAUUGAUCUUCAUGAGAUGGUCACUGCUGCAUGUUAUACACCUGAUGGCCAGGGUGCACUAGUUGGUUCAUACAAGGGUAGCUGUCAUUUAUAUAAUACAUCUGAAAAUAAGUUGCAGCAGAAAAGUCAGAUCAAUUUGCAGAACAAAAAAAAGAAAUCAAAUCACAAGAAAAUUACUGGCUUCCAGUUUGCCCCAGGUAGUUCAUCGGAAGUACUUAUCACUUCUGCUGAUUCUCGAAUUCGGGUUGUUGAUGGUAUUGAUCUGGUUCAUAAGUUUAAAGGUUUUCGAAACGCAAGUAGUCAGAUUUCAGCCUCCCUCACAGCAAAUGGAAAGUAUAUUGUUGCAGCAAGUGAGGAUUCCCAUGUAUACAUCUGGAAAAAUGAAGCCGAUUGCAGACCUAACAGAAGUAAAAGUGUCACCGUGACACAGUCCUAUGAACAUUUUCACUGUAAAGAUGUGUCAGUGGCCAUUCCCUGGCCUGGUAUGGGUGAUGCAUGGGACAUGCAUGAUACAUUUUCUGGAGAACAACCUGAGCUUGAUAACAAUAAUGAUGAAAUCGCAUCAGCCAAUCAUCCUCCUACCCCUGUAGAGGAAAACUUUGGUGUUGAGGGUUCCCAUUCUGCUUCAGGUUUCAAUAGUCCGCAUCAUGCAACCAUUGCGAGUGCGACAAACAGUUACUUUUUUGAUAGAAUUUCUGCAACAUGGCCAGAGGAAAAACUUCUCCUGGCUGCUAGAAAUCAUCAAAGCCCUCGUAUCAGUACGGAUAUCUCAAAUGGUGUAAGUCAAAAAAUGUCAGCUUGGGGUAUGGUGAUUGUUACUGCCGGUCUUCGAGGUGAAAUUAGAACUUUCCAAAAUUUUGGAUUGCCACUGCGAAUAUAA